ACUUUUGAAGUAGCCACAGUAGUCUGCUACCUCGAGAACACUGAACACAGAAACGGUCAAGUUCAAAUUUCUUCUUCACCUUCUUCUUCUUCUUCUGUGCAACUCCUUGUUGCAUUACAAAAUCUUCAUUAUGAAUCACUAGAGCUUCACAAUAUUACAUAUUUCAGUUUUUUAAAACACUAGUGCCAAUGCUUCUUCAACUCUUUCUCACACUCUUGUUCGCUCCUUUUUCUUUCUGUUUGAACCAAGAUGGCCUCGCUCUUCUCGCACUCAAGGCCGCCAUUUCAACUGACCCAACUCGCUCCCUCGACUCAUGGUCCGACUCAGACUCAACCCCGUGUCACUGGGCCGGCAUUCACUGCAUUAGAGAUCAAGUCAACUCACUCUAUCUCCCUAACAAAAGCUUCACUGGCUAUAUUCCCUCCGAACUCGGCCUCUUGAAUUCACUUACUCGACUCAAUCUUGCGCACAACAACUUCUCCAAACCAAUACCUCCCAAUCUCUUCAAAGCCACAAACCUCGUUUAUCUCGAUCUUUCUCAUAACUCAUUAUCUGGUCCAAUCCCUGAUCAAAUUAAAACUCUCGAAGACUUAACUCACUUAGAUUUAUCUUCAAACCGCCUGAACGGGUCCUUGCCCGAAUUUCUACUCGACCUAAAAGGCCUAACCGGUACUCUAAACUUGUCUUAUAAUCAAUUUUCAGGUCAGAUUCCGGAGAUGUAUGGGCAUUUUCCGGUGAUGGUGAGUUUGGAUCUAAGGUAUAAUAAUCUCGGUGGAAAGAUACCUCAAGUGGGUUCACUAUUGAACCAGGGGCCCACUGCAUUCGCCGGAAACCCGGGGCUUUGUGGGUUUCCGUUGCAGAGUCCAUGUCCAGAGGCUGAGAAUCCCGGGCCUUUUUCAAACCCUGAAGAAGAACAGAACCCACAAGACCCCGAGCAUUAUAGCUCCAGCAAAAAGAAAGAGAAAGAGGGGAGAACCACUGGGUCAGUGGCAGUUUCAGUAAUUUCUGGUGUUUCUGUGGUGGUUGGUGCUGUUUCUGUCACGGUAUGGCUGUUUCGGAGAAAACGACGAGCUCGUGAGGGCAGAGUGAAAAACGACACCACCAAGUGUGGUGAUGUUGUGAUUGAAGAAGAGGAGGGGGAAAAUGGUAAAUUUGUUGUGAUAGACGAGGGGUUUAAUUUAGAGUUGGAAGAUUUAUUGAGGGCUUCAGCUUACGUGGUGGGUAAAAGUAGAAGUGGGAUUGUUUACAAGGUUGUUGCAAGGAGAGGAUCCGGUGUGGUUGUGCCUAGUGUUGUUGCGGUGAGGAGGUUGAGUGAGGGUGAUACCACGUGGCGGUUGAAGGAGUUUGAAGCUGAGGUGGAGGCCAUUGGGAGGGUCCAGCAUCCAAACAUUGUGCGGUUGAAAGCUUAUUAUUAUGCAAAUGAUGAGAAAUUGGUGGUUUCUGAUUUCGUCCGCAAUGGAAGCUUGUACACUGCGUUGCAUGGGGAACCUUCCAAUUCUUUGCCUUCACUUUCAUGGGCUGCAAGGUUAAAAUUUGCUCAGGGAACUGCCAGAGGUUUAAUGUACAUACAUGAGCACAGCCCUCGAAAAUAUGUUCAUGGCAACAUCAAAUCUACAAAAAUCCUUCUUGAUGAUGAACUGCGGCCGCAUAUCUCAGGUUUCGGAAUCACUCGUCUUGUCCCUGGUUCCUCUAAUGUGAACAAAAACCAAUCCAUUGUAAGCUCCGCAAUGGGUUCCAGAAUUUGGACUGUUGCUACUGUUUACUUGGCACCUGAAGCUCGAAUAUAUGGGAGCAAAUUCACGCAGAAAUGUGAUGUCUACUCAUUUGGUAUAGUUCUCUUGGAAUUAUUAACUGGGAGACUGCCUGAUGCCGGACCUGACAAUGAUGGUAAGGGGCUAGAGAGUUUUGUAAGGAAGGUGUUUCGAGAGGAGCGUCCCAUGUCUGAGAUUAUAGACCCGACACUGCUAAAUGAAGUUCAUGCCAAGAAACAGGUACUUGCUACAUUCCACAUCGCUCUUAAUUGCACCGAGCUGGAUCCAGAGGUUCGUCCUAGGAUGAGAACAGUGUCUGAGAAUCUUGAUCGCAUUAAAUCACAAUGAAAAUUUUCAUGGAAGUUCCUUGUACAGUUUUGUUCGUUGAUUCUACCUUCCAGAUUUUGAUGUCUAAGUUGUAUCGAUUUUCAUGUCCUAGUUAUGCAGGGUUAAUGUAUGUUGACUUGAAACUAUUAUCGGAUGCAACUGCAUUCUGCUCGAAUUUUUUUCUAAGCCGUCCAUCUGGACCUCUUGAAGUU